CAAGGGAGGAAGAUUCUCAUUGCAGCCUGAGUGAGUGACGGUGUGUGUCAUGAGAGGACACAACUCCACAUGCCUGCUUGGACUUUUCACAAGAAUUUCCUCCCAAUGGACUAACACCUCCGACGAGUAGUUUUCGGGGCGAGGGAUUCAUCCCUCACAAUUUGGGAUUUGGAAAGCCUGAAAAAGUCAUGCAAGUGUCAGAUCUAUGAGUGAGAUGUCUUCACUGAAGCGCUGAGUGGUGGUGACCCAGCAUGUAGCCGAGGUGAACAAGUCCCUCUUUACACCUGCCAACACUGAUCAGAUUAUGGGGAAUUCCUACGCCGGGCAGCUAAAGUCCGCUCGCUUUGAAGAGGCACUUCACAACUCCAUCGAGGCAUCGCUGCGCUCCAGCAGUGGAGAUCCGCAGCCCAUCUUCACGCAACUCUACCUGAAGCCAGAGCCCUUUCAAGCCAACAUGGAUGAUGUCAAACCCAAAGUGGACCUCCAAGGUGGCGAGCUGCCCGGCCACGAGCUGCUGACCAACAGCCACUCGUCCAACGAACCGGAAGAACUGGAGGAGGACGAUGACUCGGGCAGUAACAGCCCCCCGCUGCCCUACUUGCAGACUCCCGUGCCGGAUGGCUGCUGCACAACGGAAGGAUUCUGCCAGGCUGGCAAGGACCUGCGCUUGGUCUCCAUAGCAACAGAGCCCAUCGACGUCCCGGCAGGCUUCGAGCUGGUCGGUGCCAAGUCCCCCAGUGUAGCUGACCACAUCUUGGUGUGCGCUGUGGACCGCCGCUUUUUGCCCGACGACAACGGCAAAAAUGCACUUUUAGGUUUUUCCGGAAACUGCGUAGGCUGCGGCGAGAAGGGCUUCAGGUACUUCACCGAGUUCUCCAACCACAUUAACCUAAAGCUAUCCACGCAGCCCAAAAAGCAGAAGCACUUAAAGUAUUACCUGGUAAAGAACUCUCAGGGUACUUUGUGCAAAGGCCCUCUCAUCUGCUGGAAAGACUGUAAAACGCGUCCGUUGUCCAGCGGUGCAUCCACGUCCAAACCCAGCUCAUCAUCUUCAGUCAGCUGCAAAGAAAAUGGAGGAACCGGUGGAAAUGGAUCAUCUCCAUUCUCCCUUUCAGAUUCGCCGCCCACUCGAGUGACACCGGCCUCGUCCGUCUUUUUCAACAGUCCUGACCUUAGCAGAGAAUGCGGCUUCAUCAAACCUCUGGCCUCCACGCCUGGAAACAAGACCUUCCCAAUAGUUCCCACUGCACUAAGGGUAAACGGGCCGACAAACGGCUUAGUUGUUGAUGGGCGGACCCCCUUACUCAGCACCUCCCAAGUCACUUUAGGACCUCAGGCCCAAGGCUAUCGAGCCUCAGACCUGGGUGGCAGUCCAGCGUCAUCCGCCAUGAACUCCGGUCCCCCCAAGAAACGUCAUCGGAGCUGGCAUCCCACUUCGAUUGUCGCAGCCCCGCCCACGGCUGUCCCCGUGCCGGCCAUCCGACCCGUCGUCUGUCCUUCUGGUUCUAUAUUAGGGGGUGCCUCUCCUCAACAUCCAGGGCCGAGCGCCAUCCAGACCCAACCUGUCAGCACUGGGGGGACGGUCAUCAUUCCGGAAAACCUGCUCAACUGUGCAGGCGUUCGCCCCGUCAUCCUCGUCGGGCACGGAACCAUGCCUUAUUUUGAAGGCAACCUCGGGGAUCUGGUGGUCAGCCCUCUGCUGGUGAGCUGUUACAAUCACAGCCAGCUAAGUGAGAAGACACUGAAAAUGCUGGGCCUCAGCGGCAGCCAGCAACUCAGCGUGGAGACCAUGAUUCUGCUCACGUUACAGUAUUUGGCACGUUUAGGUCCGGAGCAGAUCCCCCUCCGAGAGGAGCUGGAACAGAUCGUCUUGAAAGCCCUGCUCUGCUGUCCCAGCGGUCCAGCCAUCUGUCCAUCCCAGCUGCCUUGGCUAGCUCGACUGGAGGCUAGCGUUUCUGGGGGUGCUGUCCAAGUGGUGGUCUCCCACAAUACGCUGGCCGAGGGUAUCUGCGAGUCGUUGCGCUCCCUCGGCGAGGGGCCCCACCUCCAACAGUCGCUGCCCACGUAUGUGGUCAUCAUAUGCUCCUCCAAGAUGAACGGCAACCAGUUCUGCGUGAUGGUCUUAGGAAAGUAUCAAGCGCGGGCUUUAGCCGAGGGCAUGCUGACCACCAACGAGUUCCUGAAGGAAAUCAGCUACGAGCUCAUCACUGGCAAAGUCACCCUGUUGGCGUCUCACUUCAAAACCACUUCACUUGGGGACAAUCUGGACAAGCAGCUGGUGCGGUAUCAGCGGCGACGGAAGGGCCAGGUCAUCCAGCCCUUCCAGGGCGAUGUCACUGACCACAUCCACUCGCAGGAGGCGGCCAGCAUGUCACCACCUCCGGACAGAGAAUUGCUUAGCAAGGUCUUCCAGAUCUAUCCGACACAGCUGAGCGUGGCACGUCGCCUCCUCUCGCAAGUCUGCUCCAUAGCUGACUCUGGUAGCCAGAACCUGGACUUGGGCCGCUUCUGCAAAGUGGAUUUUCUGGUUCUGGUGCCGCCCUCUCACAUCUUGGUCAACCAGACGGCACAGCGCAUCCGACAAUCAGGCGUCCUGUUGGAUUUGGGGAUGGAAGAGUCGUGCUCGCCUCAGAAGUGCGACAAAUACGUGGUACGACUGGACGCAGACGUGCACGCCAAAAUGGAGGCCUUCAUGAGGAAAGUCAAACAGAACCCAUACACGCUGUUCGUCCUCAUCCACGACAACUCUCAUGUUGACCUCACUAGUGCACUGUCGGGCUCAGUGUGCCACGGUGAGCUGCAGGGUCUGGCCGACAGAGUGGUCAACUGCCAGGAGGUCUUGGACGCGGUCAACCUGAUAGUGCUGCAGGUCAGCUGUUUCCCGUACACGCUGCAGACCCACCAGUCUCGCAUCAGCAUGCAAAACGAGGUCAACUGGCCCUCCAACGAAAGCCUGCAGGGUUCGCUCUCUCCCGGCGAGUUAGCCUACUUCGGUCUGAUCGACUACAGCAAAUCUCUGCAGUGGGGCGUGGCCAGCCCCAUCCUGCGCUGUGAUGACGCCUUCGAGAAGAUGGUCCACACACUCCUGCAAAGACACCCUCAUCUGCACAGCAUGGUGAUCCGCAGCUACCUGCUCAUCCAGCAGUACACAGAGGCCAUGAUGGCGCUCACCUCCUCGCCGUCCCUGAGAGACCACAUCACGCCCGAGACGCUGGCCAUGGUGGAAGACCUGAUUAACGCGCCGGGCCGCGAGGGCUCGCAGGGUCGCGGCCACAUGCUACUGGUGCGAGUGCCGUCGCUGCAGCUAGCCAUGAUGGCGCGCGAGCGUUUGGAGGACGUGCGCGACAAGCUGGGCCUCCAACUGUGCUUCGCCGUGCUGCUGGGGAGCCCCGCCUCUGAGAUCAGCUUGCCCAGGAAUUUCACCUGUCGCCUACGGGCCUGGCGCGGAUGUGAGAAUGAAGACUGGGUCCCGCUAACCUACGAGGACCUGGAAGGUCUGCCGUGCAUCGUCAUCCUCACAGGGAAAGACCCCCUUGGAGAGAGCUUUCCCAGGUCUCUGAAAUAUAGUGACCUGCGUCUGAUAGACUCUAGCUACCUGACGCGUACGGCCCUGGAACAGGAAGUUGGCCUAGCCUGUACCUACGUAUCCGUUGGGGUGGUCCAGGAACCCAAGAAGGUAUCGGUGCCUCGGGAGUCGGACGGGGAAAAGACGGGCGCCGUCAUGAAUGAAGGAGAAGAGCUGGAGCGACCUCAUAGCAAUGGCAGCGCGGCCACCAGAACCUCCGGGUCCUUGGUGGAGAACGGCGUCAGUUCAUCCGACAACGCGGACGCACCCCCGAGGCCGUGCGCGGCGGAGGGUGCCGACACGUCGGGCCUCAAGCAAGAGUGCGACUCACUGGGCAGCCAGCUCCCUUCCAUUCCCACUAAAGCCUCCAAGGCGCCUCCUUCGCUGUACUCCAGCUCGUCGUCAUCAUCCUCGCCGUCACCGUCAUCCUCGUCCACGCAGCGACCCAGCCAGUCCACGCAGUGCGGCCGCCGCCCCAAGCCAGCACGCAUAUCGCCACGCACCGUCAUCAUGUCACGGCCCGCGUACAACCUGCUGUCGGCCGACUCGGGCGGCCAGCUGAGUUCUUUCUCGCUGCUACCCCACGCCGACGUGGACUGGAGCAGCCCUCUUAGACCCCCAAUUACAUCGGGCCUGCACGGCGAGGAGCAGAGCGCUUACUAUCGCCAGUGGACCGUCGCCAAGCAGCAUCACGCUGACUUUGAAGCACCGCCAGUGCCGCACCCUCGACGCCUCCUGUUGAGCGGACCGCCACAGGUGGGGAAAACAGGUGCCUACCUCCAAUUCCUUCGUAUCCUCUUCCGCAUGCUAAUCAGACUGUUAGAGGUGGACGUGUUUGAUGAGGAGGAGUCGGACGAGGAAGAGGCAGUUGAAGAGACAUCAGAGGCGGCGAUGCCGGUAAACGCUCAGUGGCCUGACGUCGAGGAUAUGCGCAAGCUUCCCUUCGACCCUAACCCCAGAGACUGCAAGUUUAGAAAAGCUAGCCCCGUUCACAGCGACAAGACGCCAAAGCGCCGUAGAGUUUUCAAGAAGCAAGAUGGAAACCAAAAGGAAGUCAAGCGUCAGACCAAGUCUAUACGACUCACUCGCUUUGCUGCUCACAACGCCUUUCAUCAUUGUGAGCAGUGUCACCACUACUGUGACGCCAGUCCUGACACGCAGCUGUCUGAGUGCACCUUCCACGCCUUUACCUUCUGCUCAUCCAUGCUGGGUGAAGAGGUCCAGCUCCAGUUUGUCAUUCCCAAAGACAAGGAGCAGCACUUUAUCUUCAGUCAACAGGGGAGCCACCUGGAGAGCAUGUGCCUACCUUUGGUCUCCACCAAGGACCCCGACUUGUUGAAGAGCCCCAUCUUCACGCCAACAACGGGACGCCAAGAGCACGGCCUGCUCAACAUCUAUCACGCUAUGGAGGGCGCCACUCACCUGCACAUCCUGGUGGUCAAGCACUUUGAGAUGCCACACUACAGGAGGUACUGGCCCAACCACAUCCUGCUCGUCCUGCCCGCCAUGUUCAAUAACUCAGGAGUCGGUGCCGCACGCUUCAUGAUCAAGGAACUGUCAUACCACAACUUGGAACUGGAGAGGAACCGAUGGGAGGAGCAAGGCGUCAAGCGGCAGGAAGUGUGGCCAUUCAUUGUCAUGAUGGACGACUCCUGCGUGCUGUGGAAUGCCCAGCAGCCUACAGACGGAAGCGAGACGUCUAACGGCGGCUCAUCGCUCACCAAUGUUUCCCUGAAAGCGGUUCUAUGGCACAUGGAAACCACGCCAAAGAUCCCUCUCUACGCCAUAUGCGGAACUCGCAAGUGGAACAGCGGCCUGGCCCGCAAGGCCUUCAGCCGGCCUUUCAGUCGGGGCCACCUGCACGACUUUAUCCUGCUCAAUGUAGAUCUAACCCAAAACGUCCAGUAUGAUCUCAAUCGGUACAGUUGCGAGGAGGUGGACUUCAAUCUUCGAGUGAACAGCAGCGGACUCCUACUUUGUCGCUUCAACAGCUUCAGCUUGAUGAAGAAGCACAUUCCAGUCGGAGGCAACCAAGACUACAUGGUCAAACCCAAACUCAUGGAGAUAGAAAACCCGGCCCCUAUCAGCCCAUCACAGUACGUGUGCGCCCCGGACAGCGAGCAGACCCUGCUAGAUGCACCGGCCCAGUUCCUGCUGGAAAGGUACCUGCAGAGCUGCAGCCACCGGCUGUUCCCUGAAGCCAUUCGGAACCCAAACAACCCAGUCCUGUCCAUUGACAGCUACCUCAAUAUCAGUCCGGAGAUAUCCGUGUGCUACAUCAACUCCCGUCCACACUCCACCAACCUUAACCACCAAGGCCUGGUGUUCAGCGGCCUGCUGUUGUACCUGUGCGACUCCUUCGUUGUCUCCGGACUCCUCAAGAAGUUCCGCUUCCUCAAAGGCGCCAACUUGUGCGUCAUCUGCCAGGACCGCAGCUCCUUGCGUCAAACCAUCGUGCGUCUAGAGCUGGAGGAUGAAUGGCAGUUCCGCCUGCGAGACGAGUUCCAAACGGCCAACUGCAGCGAAGACCGGCCUCUUUACUUUCUCACCGGACGCCAUGUUUGAAACGUCCCCCACCGAAAGCGAAAGAUAGCCUUUUUCGCUAUCAUCUGAUGGACGCUCAGCUAUGCCUUGAUUGUACGUGGACAAGUUUUUAGCCACAUUGUACGUUUAACUCAGGGUUUUUAAAAGGGAAAAAUCGGACUUGGAAAAGAGACGGAAGGACGUUUUCCUCCUUGUGUUUACGCUCUUCUUGGCACCAAAGACAUCCUUCAGCUGCACCUUUUUUUUUUUGUCUUAUCAUGCCUUUCACUGCCUAACAACUCCACACCAAACACUGCCUAUUGGAUAUAUGCUGUAUAUAAAGUGCAUUAUUUGGGUGGGGAAACCUGCAAUCCUGAACCCUGAAAUCAUAUCUAGCACGCUACUUACAUAUGUUAAUCCUAGACAAUAUGUUCAGUUUAAUUACUUAGACUGAACCAGUAUUACAAUGUCUUUAUGGACGUUAGACACAUACGCACCUUUAACACUAUAUCAACUUUAAAGGGGACGCAUUAUCCAUCUGUGGUAUUACAACAUUCACACUCUUAUUCCUUGUUUUUAACACUAUUGUACUAAUCUAGAUUACCUAAUACGGCUCUACUUACCUUUUCGGACUAUAAAUCGCACCCGCCAAAAAAUACACAAUGAAGAGGAAAACAACAUAUAUAAAUUACACCGGAUUAUAAAUCACAUUUUGGGUGGAAAUUUAUUUGACACAAAUCCAACACCAAGAACAGACAUAUCAUCUUGAAAGGCAAUUUAAAAUUAAAAUAGACUAGAGAACAACAGGCCGAAUAAGUGUGCGGUAUGCUAACGUUACAUAACACAUAAACAAAAAGCUCCAAACUUGGGCUGCAGUUUUCGAUUAUUUUAGAAGUCGAUUAUUCGAUGAACUAUUUAGUUUGAAUAAUUGGAUAAGGAACAUAAAAAUUAAAAUGAAUGAGGAUCUAAAUACAACAAAAGAACAGUUGGCUGACUUACAUAGCAAACGUCUGUGUUGUAUGAAAUUUCAGGUUCGCGGUGAAUCAGUAACGGACACACUUUUGCUCAAUAGACAAUGUUUAUUUAUGAAAAUUGCAGAAUAUACGUGAUUUAUUGAUUACAAUCCCACAAGAGCAAGCAAACAGGUAUCAAAAACAAGCACAGCAAGUAGUAACCUCACGCCAAGUCUGAGUUUGCCAACCUCACACCCCCGCGUUACUGUUACAGCACAACAGUGUCCCUUAGAAAUGAAAAUCGCUUACCGUGACAAAAGAGUGGGAAGCCAGGUCAACACUCCAGUAAGGCGAAAAAAAAAAAGGUCGCGCUGCACGAUGGGUACCAGAUCCGCAGCAGACUUCCGUUUUUUUUCGGGUGAACACGCUCCAUUGUUGCUGUUGACCCAUUGUUGCUGGAAACGGCCGUGGCGCAGUUGGUAGCUGGAGUUGUCCUUGGACCGAAGGGUCAGUGGUUCGAUUCCCGGCUAUGAUUUGCCUUCAAUGGUUUGAGAGUGCCUUGCAUGGCAGCAGCUCCAUUGGGGUGUGAAUGUGUGCGUGAACGGGGAAAUGUGUGCUAAUGUAAAGCCCUUUGGGCAUGGUAACCAUGUAGAUAAAUGCGCUAUAUAAGUCGUGUCCAAGAAAUUGAGCUGCACAUUUAAAAUAGCUGAAUUUAUUUAUUUUUUUUGCUUCAAUGUAAAAAAUUGUUUUUCUUCGAUGUAAAUUUUUUUACAUUAAGCAAAUUUUUUUUCUCGAAGCAAAACAUUUUUAGCAAGCAAAAAAAUAUACAUUUUUUGCUUCGAUAUAAAAGCAAAAAAGCAUUUUUUCAUAUCUUAAAUCUUAAAGAUAAAACAUAUUUGCUUUGAUGCAAUAAAAAAAAAAUUUUUUUUUGCUUCGAUGUAAGAAAUUUUUGCUUUGAUGCAAAAAAAAAAUUCUCAUCAAAGCAAAACAUUUUUUAUAUCGAAGCAAAAAUAUAUAUAUAUUUUAUAUGAUGUGAACAUUUUUUGCUUCGAUGCAGAUAAUUUUUUUGCUUCGAUGUAAAAAAUUUUUGCUUUGAUGCAAAAAAAAAUUAUUUUUUUUUGCUUCGAUGUAAAAAAAAAAAUUUGCUUCGAUGCAAAAAAAAUUAUUUUAUUUUUUUUCUGUUUUUUUACUUCCGUGUAAUUUUUUUUCCGGGGCAUUUUUAUUUUUUGCGUCGACAGAAAAAAACAAAACUUCCGUGUCCCUUUCGGGGUACUUUUUUUUCCCCUUUUUUUUUUCUUCUUCCAUGUCCCCUUAGGAGGUCCUUAACAACCUGCUCUAGGCUUCCUGUGCCAAAAUGAAAGCAUUCAUCGCAAAAUGAAAAGUCGAUAUCGCGUAAGUCGGGUCCGUCAUAACCCAGGGACUACCUGUACAAGUCGAACCCCCAGCCAAACUAUAAGAAAAAAACUACGACUUAUAGUCCGAAAAAUACGGUAGUUAAAUUCCACACUGAUGGAUAGAUAGGGCAACAUAUGAAUAGUUAUUCAUAUGUAAUAACUAUAGUUAUAGUUUUAUAUAUAUAUAUAUAUAUAUAGUUAUGUUAUAGUUAUACUAACGAUAACUAUAUAACAAUUUGUACAAGAAAUACAUUUUCCAUAAUAUGUCCCCUUUAAACAAAGGUGUUAAGAUGCCCUGCGUAUUGUUAAGGAACCUUGUCUUUCAUAUGGGUGUGUGCACAGGGUUUUCCAAAGAAUAUGCCUUAAGAAGUGACACCCUUGCGUGGACCACCAAUGAGAACUAGGCAGAGAAAAAAGAAUGUCGCUGGAGCCAAAAGCAAGAGAAUUAGACUACUGUACUGUUUAAAGUUUACAUUAUUAUUAAUAAUAAUAUAUUCUAUCAUGGUCCGCCCCCCACUAUCACCCUGAGGGGUACUGUUGUUUUUGUGUUCGCGUGCAUGAAAGUUUUACCCGGUUUGUUGGUGUCUUUCUCAGUCGGCAAGAAGAAUCUACCUAAGAUGUCCUUAAAUGCGUGUUUGUAUGCGCACCACCAGGGAGUUAUUUAUUUUCAGCAUUAUAGUUGGACUGAUAAUCACGUGAUAGAAAGUGUUUAAUUGCAUGCACGCUAGGGUGGGAGAAUCUACUGAGGUGUAAGGAAGUGAACUUGCACUAAACAUGUUGCCAAACCAAUUGAUGGAUUCCAAUCGAAUCAACUCCCCAAUUGAUAGCAUGAUCACAAGUAUACUAACCAAAAAAGGCUCCACGUAAAUAUACAUUAAGUAAUAUGCAACUUGCUUACACAAUCUUCACAGAGAGAAGUAGUACGGUGGUCAGUAGUCUACCUCAUGUUGUCACAGGAGAGUUGGUAUGUUGUUCUUGUUCCAAAUUGUUGACUGUAAUAAUAAUAAAAUGACUUUUAAAAUA